AUGGGCUGGUUCACCUCCUUCCUAUAUUCCCAAUUAUUCGUCGCUCUCCCUAUCCCCACCCGCGACUUCACAGAUGAAACCAUAAUCAUAACCGGAUCCAACACCGGACUCGGUCUCGAAGCCGCUCGUCAUGUUUCCCGUCUCAAUGCCCACCUCCUAAUCCUCGCCGUGCGUUCUCAGUCCAAAGGCCAAGCCGCAAAAGCAUCCAUCCUAGCCAGUACCGGUCGUCCGGAAUCCAGUAUCGAAGCCUGGUCUCUGGAUAUGCAAUCUCCAUCGUCUAUUCAAGCUUUCUGCGCAAAAGUCAAUAAACUUCCCAGAGUUGAUGCCGUGCUUGCUAAUGCGGGGAUCAUGACGAAAUAUUUCAAGCUGGUGGAAGGAUAUGAAAGUACGGUUAUGACGAAUGUAAUUGGGACUUUUCAGUUAGUCUUGGGGAUUUUGCCGAAAUUGAGAGAGUCAGCAAAGGAAUUCAAUAUCCAGCCUAGAAUUUCGAUUGUCGCUUCGGAUUUGCAUUAUAUUGCCAAAUUCAAAGAAAGGAAAGAGAAGGAUAUUUUCAAGGCGUUGAACAAUGAGAAGACAUCAGAACUAGAUUUGGAAAGAUACUCCACCACGAAACUUCUCCAAGUCUUCGGAGUCCGCGAGCUAGCUCAAAAACUUACUCGUGACCCGGAAUCCGUAUCUCCAUCUGUCAUUGUCAAUUGCAUGACGCCCGGAGCUUGCAAAUCCGAUUUCUUUCGCGAAGAUAGAGGAUUUGAUAGAUUCAAAAAUUGGCUCUUGAGUACUCUGCUUUCACGUAGCACGGAAGUAGGAAGUCGAGCUUUGGUGGCGGGAAUUGCGGCGGGGGAAGAAAGUCAUGGAGAAUAUAUGGCUGAUUGUUUGAUUGCCGAGACGGGCCCACUUGUGAGAGGACCGGAGGGUAUGAAGUUGCAGAAGAAGGUAUGGGAACAAUUAGGGAGGGAACUGGAGAGAAUUCAACCUGGUGUUUCCUCAAUCAUCUAG